UCAGUCUUUGAGGCUCUUGUUCUAAUACAAGUUUGUUUGGCAUCGCAUGACCAGGGGUUCUGAUAUUUUCUAUGUUUUUGAUUCAGGCCUGGAAGCUGCUCAAAUUCCAAUGUCUGAUGAAAGUCGAAUAACAAAAUGCCGUCUUUUGCCAUCGAAGCUGAAGGCGAAGCCAACCCUCUGUCCAGGGGUCUGGUAAUUAACACGCUUCUCAGUGCUCAGAACCAUAAUUUUCAGGCAUUGAAAGUUUCUACACAGCAGCUGUCGAACUGGGAAAGGGCACCUAUGUACUAUACGUUGCUUCAGGAUAUUUAUGCCGAUCUCUCCCUACCCAAAGAUGUCAGAUUUCAAGCAAUUAUCCAGCUUAAGAACGGGAUUGACAAGUACUGGCGAAAGACUGCGACUCAUGCCAUCGACAAGUCUGAAAAGCAACAGAUCAAAACGAGGUCUAUCGAGGCUGGUUUAAGAGAACCGGAGUCAGCCCUGGCACUCCAGAACGCGCUGAUGGUGGCGAAGAUCGUACGGUACGAAUUUCCUCACGACUGGCCCGAUAUCCUUCACGUUAUCCGGCAACACAUCCGAUCUGCUGGUCACGACCGCCUCUACACCUCGAAUGUAUUUAUCCUCACAUUACAAGUCGUCAAGGAACUGGCGUCGGGGAGGCUCCAGCGCACCAAGAAAAGUCUCCAGCAAGAGUCAGACGAACUUGUGAGCGAUCUUCUGACCGUCUACACUUCUUUGGCGUUAGGCUGGCAUUCUGGUAUGGGGAGUAUACAAGCCGACCCCAACAGCUAUUCAGGGCUGAAAAUCUUGAGACGUUUGGUGGUGGUGGGGUUCGAGAGUCCUCAUCGACACGAGGUGGUCAAGCAUGUGUGGGCAGUUCUGCAUGCUGAACAAAAUGCUUUCUGGAAAGAAUUGAAUCUUGACGAAACACCGGAUAUGAAGACUAUGCGUUUGAAACAUCUUUUACAAUUAUCAAAAUUCUAUCUUGAGAUGGCACGCAACCAUCCAGCCUCAUUUGUCUUGCUUGGAUGCACAGAUGUUCUGGAUCAUGCUUGGCUUGUCAUUAACCACAAUGAUGCCAAACCAGCGCUUGAAGGCAAUUUCGACUGGGCGGUGUAUCGUAGCGGAGAUGUCAACGACGAAUCCCCGAUUGAGAAAUUGUCGCUGAAAGCACUGCUCUUAUUUCGCGCUUGCUGCAAAAUGGUUUUUCACCCGGUUCAGACUUUCAAAUAUCAGACACCCCAGGAUAAAGAGGACCGCAAACAGGCUGUGGAUUUCGUCAAGAAUAGCGUGCUGACCGAUGCCUUUGUUAUUCAACUCAUGGAACUUUUGGUUACGCAAUAUUUUGUCCUACGCCCUUCCGAUUUGAGAGACUGGGAGGAAGAUCCUGAUGAGUGGGAGAAGAGAGAGGAGGAGAUUGCUGAUGCAUGGGAGUUCUCCAGCCGUUCAUGCUCCGAAAAACUCUUCUUGGACCUUGUCAUCAAUUUCAAAGAGUUGCUUGUGCCGCGAUUGCUCGACGUUUUCCGACAGUACGCCGUGACCUCAAACACCAAUAUUCUUCUGAAGGACAGCCUGUACUCUGCUAUUGGCAUCUCUGCUGCCUGCUUGGAGGAUGUUCUUGACUUCAACACCUUCCUCCGCACAACUCUCGUCCCCGAAGUGCAAAUAAACCAGCCAAACUAUCGGUUGUUACGGCGGCGGAUUGCAAUAUUACUUGGUCAGUGGGUGCCGAUAAAGCCCGAAACCAUUGACAGAGUCGCUGUCUAUCAGAUAUUUACGCACUUGCUCGCUAGUGGCGAGCAGCUCAACGACCACGUCGUUCGGGUAACCGCUGGACGCCAGCUUCGUCUCGUGUUGGAGCCUUUUGAGUUUAAGUUCGCUGAUUUUCACCCAUACGCCGACCCCCUCCUGAAAAGCUUGAUGUCCUUGAUAGCAGAGACCGAAUUGUCUGAAACAAAGAUGGCAUUACUAGAGACUGUCCGAGUUGCUGUAACAAAGCUUGAAGGCCAGAUAGAGCCGUAUGUUCAGGACAUCAUGUCCAUGCUGCCGCCACUGUGGCUUGGCUCAGGAGACGAGCAUCUGAUGAAACAGGCAAUCUUGAGUAUGAUCACCGCAAUUGUCAACAGUCUUGGGCAAAAGAGUCUAUCAUACCACAAUGCCAUCUUGCCCAUCAUUCACGACUCUGUCCAGCCAGAGUCUGAAGCCAUUGUCUAUCUGUUGGAGGAAGCGCUCGACUUGUGGUCCGCCAUCCUGCAGCAGACUCCUUCUAACCAGGCCUCGCCAGAGUUACUGAAGCUGUCCCACUCUCUACUGCCACUGCUAGAUAUUGGCAGCGAGCUCCUUCGCCAAAUUUUUGAACUCAUCGAAUCAUACACGAUCCUCUCACCUACCACGAUUCUGGCCCCGGAUUUCCUUACGCCACUCCUGACAUCAUCGAAAGCUCUCCUUUCAAUGUUGGCUUCGAGCCGCGCUCGGGAUGCAGCUCUCGCUCCUCAUGUCAUCGAGUACCUGAUUGCUACAGUCUCCGUCGAAGGGUACAGCCAACAUGAUUCCCGCCAGGCUCUCAUGCACAUCCUCGAUUCUAUGCUCAACACGGGCUAUCUCUCAUCCCUCCUUUCUCUGCUCAAAGACGCUCAUGACUAUCACGAGGAUCCUCGUCCCAGCAAACGCCCACCAGACAUCAUCGGGCCAGGCGAGACCACACUGUUCACCGUCCUCUCGCGCGCCGUCAUUCUCUUGCCAGAACAAACAUCCCAGGCCAUCCUCGCGACGAACGUCACCACGGCCUCUUCGCCGACGCCGAUGCAAUGGCUUCUGACCGAAUGGCUCCAGUCCAUCGACAGCAUCGGCGAUAUUUUGCGAAAGAAACUCCAGGUCAUCGCACUGACCAGCCUCCUUGCCGUGUCGGCUCCUCCGGUCUCCACGCUCAUGAUGGAAAACCUGCAGUCCCUGCUCACCAUCUGGACGGACGUUGUCGUCGAGCUGGGACAGGAAGCCGCCGAGGAGAGCCAGGGCGACUACCUGUGGCACAACACGCCCGGAGACGUGCCCGAGUGGCCCGACCACACGCCCGAAGACGGCCGGAAGAGGGUGAUCAGUAACGCUGAUCCCAUCUACGGCGUCAACGUCAGGCACUUCAUCGCCGACGCGCUGCGUGCGACCAUGGACCGGACCGGUGGCCCCCAGGUGUUCGAGCGGGAAUGGUUGUCGAGGAUCGACUCGGUCGUGCUCAAGUCCUUUGUGGAGCUGAAGCUGCUGUAGGCCAUCGUGGUCUGAAAGAUUUGGCCUCUAGAGAUCAUGUGGGGCGGCAUAUGGACUCGUCGUCCUCAGAAAGGUCGAUGAGUAGUGAUGAGUAGCUUCGCAGGUGGACAGGAAAGGCUUUCAGUCAAAAUACUCGAGAACAAUCGUGUCACGGGUGACUCGCAGACCGUGUCUUGAGAAUCUGGGUUACAUAAUUCUAGCGUGAAUGGUCGCCCAAAGACAUCGAGGGCCUUGUCGUAUGAGAUCAAUGAUUUAUUAUCACGGACAAGAUCGAUGCGGACAGUCC